UCUGCGAUCGCCACUCGCACCUUGAAUAGCGAAAAAAGAAACGCAAUUGAAUGUGUACAUUCAAAAAAGCGAUCCUCAAUCGCAGUGUUCCUGAGUUUCACAGUUAUAAAUAUAUAUUCCUUUUGACUGGUAAUCUUGUGAGCUAGGAAGUGUGAAAAUGGUUUGCUUCUUAGUUACGGUCGGAGUCGGAUUCGGUAUUGUAGCUGUAGUUGCAGUUACAGUAAUUUAUUUUGUUAUGUCUAACGCGAACCUUAUGCCACCAUGCACACAUGAUGAAGACGACGAUUACACAGAUAUAGACCCGAAUGGCUUUAUGGGAAAUAUGGACAACGGAAGUCAACUGCAUUUACAUCAUGCCGGUGAUAAGUGCACCUUGUGCCUCAAAGAGAUGACCAAUGAGACGAUGCGAACCAUGAAUUGCGGCCAUGCACUUCAUAAUUCAUGCUUUGAUGAGUAUCGUGAAUUGCGGCGUUUCUGUCCCUAUUGCGAGCAGUUUGUGCUACGCUUAGAUUUACCAGGCGAUGCUUGCGCCAUUUGUUGUGAACCAAUGAAGAAGGAUACCAUGGAAUAUUUAAAAUGUGAGCACGCCCUGCACACCAAAUGUUUGAGCGAAUACAAAAGGAAUUAUUACAGAAAAUGUCCUGUGUGUGCUAGGCAAUUAUGAACAAUCGGCGGCUUGAGUCUGAUAUUCACAAACCAAUAUAAUUCUUAUUGUA